CGUUUCUUCUGUACAGCAUGCCACAGAAAGAUUACAGAAGUCAAACAAGCUGGGAGACUGGUGUGGCCUCCAUGAUGCAAAACAGUCACAGUGGUGUAAACCAGCUGGGAGGUGUGUUUGUGAAUGGAAGACCCUUACCCGAUUCCACCAGGCAGAAGAUAGUGGAGCUGGCACACAGUGGAGCUCGACCCUGUGACAUAUCCAGAAUACUACAGGUGUCUAAUGGCUGUGUGAGUAAGAUCUUGGGCCGAUAUUACGAGACAGGUUCUAUUCGUCCUCGGGCUAUAGGAGGGAGUAAACCCAGGGUGGCCACUCCAGAGGUGGUGGGAAAGAUCGCUCAGUACAAGAGAGAGUGUCCAUCCAUUUUUGCUUGGGAGAUCAGAGACCGACUACUGGCAGAAGGAGUCUGCACCAAUGACAAUAUACCCAGUGUUUCAUCAAUAAAUCGAGUGCUCAGGAACCUAGCCAGCGAAAAGCAGCAAAUGGGCACAGUGGGGGCUGAAGGGAUGUUUGACAAAUUCAAGGUGCUCAACGGACAAACCACGUGGGGAGGACGCUCAGGGUGGUACACUGGAACUACACUUACUACCACUGGGCUCAAAGACGGGUGUAAAAACAGAGAAAAUGGUGGAGAGAACACCAUAACAGUGAGUUCCAACAGCGAAACCUCAGAGGAGACUCAAAUGAGACUUCAGUUGAAGAGGAAAUUGCAAAGAAACAGAACGUCUUUCACACAGGACCAGAUAGAAGCACUGGAGAAAGAAUUUGAAAGGACUCACUAUCCAGAUGUGUUUGCCCGAGAACGCCUUGCCAAAAAAAUAGAACUUCCAGAGGCAAGAAUACAGGUUUGGUUUUCCAACAGACGAGCAAAGUGGAGAAGAGAGGAGAAGAUGAGAAACCAACGUCGUCAGGUGUCCAAUUCUUCUAACCAUAUUCCCAUCAGCAGCAGCUUCAACACCAGUGUUUACCAGCCUCUCCCACAAGUUACUACACCAGGAGCCAUGUUGGGACGGUCAGACCCAGUUAUGUCCAACAACUACAGCCUCCCAACUAUGCCAAGCUUCAGUAUGGCAGCCAACCUGCCUAUGCAAGUAAGAUUAUUUUACAAGGCAACCUCGUAUUCCUGCAUGCUGCCCAGCAGCUCCACUGUAAAUGGAAGAAAUUAUGAAACAUAUACUCCACACAUCAACAGCCAGUCAAUGACGUCCUCUGCAGCAUCAUCAACAGGUCUGAUUUCCCCAGGUGUCUCAGUUCCAGUCCAAGUUCCAGGAAGUGAAGCAGACAUGUCACAGUACUGGCCACGCCUGCAGUGAUGUCAUUUCUCACAGAAAUCAUUUGUGCCUACAGUGAUCAUCAGAAGUGACUUUUGGGACAACAGACCAUGUUUGUCCCUACUUUAUAGCUUGAAUGUCAAAGACCUAGAAUAAAUGGUUCUCAUUUACUGCUUGUGAGAAAAGUUUCAAACCAAAUUCUGGAUUUUGUGUGCUCUUCCAAAUGAAGUUGUAAGCUACGACUGGUGAAGGGAGUUCCCUCUCCACAUCAUCUCCAUCUGCUGUCAUUCAAAGUCUGGCUAAUGACAACACUCUGGCAACAUUCCAGAAUGAAAAGCUGUAGUUGUACUCAGGAAGCCCAUGAAGACACAGUAAGAUGAGAUAACUUUAUUACUAUACAACAACCAGUGUUAAUGGAAUUUGUUUUGGUGCACUCCCCAAUCAAUUAGUCAUCACAAAUAAAUAACAAUAAUACAUUAAAAGAACCAUAAAACCAUCCAUGGCGGUGGUCAGAAAACAUACAUAUGAACACUCAGACAAAAACAACCCAUCCAGCUAAAACCCUGUGCCUACAGUAUAUAAGUGACUGAGAAUUGCUGUUUAACAAUCUAAUUGCCUCUAAGUAUGUAUUUUUUCUGAGCAUCUCAGUUUUAAAACUAAUUUGUUGUAGCCUCUUCCCAUUAGGCAUGCUCCAAAAAAGGAAGGCUGCAGGGUGAGAGGCCUCAUUAAUGAUAGAGCCUUUUGCUUGAGUUGGAGCAGAGAAAUAAAGGAAACCAAAGAGAGGGGUUCAUUGAUGAUUAUGAAUGCCAUCUUGACUAUCUUUUCAAAUGAUUGGGAUUCAGCAGGGGACAAACUGCUGAACUACAUUGUCCCCGAAAACGCUAAGCAAA